UCAGAGGAUCAGUCCUUCCUCCUGCUGCUCUGCUCCGGUUCUCCGGUUCUCCGGUUCUCCGCUCCGGUUCUCCGGUUCUCUGGUUCUCCAGGAUGGAUUUAAGCGUUUGGAUUCCGGUGUUUUCAGCGUUCUGCUCCUGGACUUUCUGCACAGUCCUGUCGGCUCCCGCUGCAGACCCGGUCCCGGAGACCCCCGCCGCAUCCGCGGACUCCCCGCGGCGCCACGUGCGCACCAAGCGUUGCUCCUGCGCGACCUUCAUGGACAAGGAGUGCGUCUACUUCUGCCACCUGGACAUCAUCUGGGUCAACACGCCCGAGCGCGUGGUCUCCUACGGACUGGGGAACGCACCGAGGACCAGGCGCGCGCUCCGGGAUUCGGUCGCCACGGUCAGCGGGGGACCGCGGUGCGCGUGCGUCCGCGAGGACGACCGCGCGUGCAGGAGCUUCUGCGGCGUCAGGAUGAGACCCAGGCCCCCUCGAGCCGCCCUGAAGACCCGCCGGCUGCCGGAGGAUUGGAGGGCCAGACAGCGGCGCCGGGUUCGAUCCUGGGAGGGAGAAAGCUCCGCCUCCUAAAGGGGAAGGACCGCCUCCUCUGGAGGGGGAGUGGUUUUAGGACCGAGGGCCGGACCCUGUGCAGCAGGAGCAUCCGUCCUCUGGAGGGCGCUGCGGUUCCACACCGGAACCUCUGUGACCACGGACUGGACUGGACCGGACCGGAACCAGACCGGAACUGGAACCGGACCAGACCUGGACCCGUUCAGACUGGAGAGUCGGACACGAUGAGCUCAGACCUCCUGACUCGGAUCCACCAGACCCAGGACGCUGGUCCAUGUUUCCAGAACAUUUCAGACUGGGCCGAGUCGCCGGCGAGGCGUCCGACCGGAAGCCUGCUCCAUUUGAACCGCGCUGACCUCUGACCCCGCUGCAUUUCAGAGAUGACCGGGGUCGGCCACCGAACCCGUGUGGAACCGUCCUCACGUUUAACCGCCAGUAUUCACAUUGUUGUUCGUAGCGUUAUUUAACACCAGCUUCCCGCCGGUUAGCGUCUGGCGUUUUGCUAACGCGGCGGCCGAAGCUCCGCCCCUCCUGUCCGAGGGUCGCAGUUCAGAUGAAGGCUGACAGGAGUCGGUUUGAAACUGUCAUUUCAAAAUAAAUGUCUUGAACUUGAAUGUUCAGCUUGUCGCUAAGCUAAAUGCUAACAUAACAAUGUAAUCCCUUUAAAUACAGUAGAAUCAAAAAUACAUAAAUUACUUAGAAGAGGUUGAAAAUUCAGAGAAACGAAAAAAACUGAUUUAAAUAAAUCAGAAAAAAAGAUUUUUUGAUGAAAAAAUAAAGUUUUCCAUCUUAAACUGCAGGUAAAGCGAUAAACUCCACCUGUCGUGCUAACUGAAGAGGCUAGCCGCCUAGCAUGCUAACAUCAGUAUCACCCAGACUGUUUUCUCUUAUUUUUUAAUUUUUUGACAUUGAAACCAAACCGGUUCCAGCAGGAACCGUUCCAGGAAGCCUGGAGAAGCUCGGCGUGUCCGGUCGCUCUGUGACCGCCGGCUUCUUCCCUCCGACUGAAACUCUGCCGGUUCUCCGCCAGACGCUUCUAUUUAUGAACGUUCUGUCUUAUUUAUUGAUUGUUCUUCUCGGGGCCACACUGGUCUGCUGGUCGUCUCAUUUCUGUGAAAUGAUCCGUCUCUGUUAAUCAGCCAAAGAGUGGCAGAACUUUAAUAAAGUCUUAUUUAAAGCAGA